UGAAUGGAAGCAGUUGUUCCCGCCUUCAGAAUUCACAUGAUUGUAUUUAUAAGGUUUCAUUUUUUCACAGUAAAUCGGAAUUAUUAAAUCGGAUUAUAUAAAAUUGGUGUGUUAGGCAAAAAGAUAUGAGUAAAAUAAAUAGAAAACCAUUUUCUGCACCUUCAGCAGCGAAGAAGCCCAAAUUUAAUAAAGAUGACGAUGAGGAGAAACCAAGUUCAUUUGAAUCGGAGCUGGCUAGUAUGGAUUAUGCUGGUAUGGAUGAUGAUUUUGCAGAGGAAAUAUUAAUUGGAGAAGGGCCGGAACAGGAAAACACCUCUAUAAAAUGGAGCAGAGCUCCGCCACCACCCUUGAAUCCACAAACUGAUACACUGACGUUCCAGCAAAUAGACAUUGAUCAUUACAUAGGCAAGCCUCUCGUGGGAAUGCCGGGUAGCCAAGUGGGCCCUGUGCCCGUAAUGAGGAUGUUUGGCGUUACGGAACAAGGAAAUUCUGUCUGUUGCCACAUCCACGGCUUCUCCCCAUACUUUUUUGUGUCGGCACCGUCGAAUUUCACGAACAAUCAUUGCAGACCGUUCAAAGAAGCUCUGGAUCAAGCUGUGAAGAAGGACAUGAAGUCGAACCCGGAUAAUAUUCAGGUAGCCAUUCUCGCGGUCGAGCGAGUCUUCAAACAGUCGAUGUACGGGUACGAAGGGGACGAGAAACUGCCGUUUCUGAAGAUCACGGUGGCAGUUCCGAAACUGAUAGCGCCCUGCAAGAGGUUGCUGGAACAGGGCACGGUCUAUGCUUCGUUCAAUCAUCAUUACCGGGCGUACGAAAGUAAUAUCGACUUUGAUAUCAGGUUUAUGGUUGACACGGCAGUAGUCGGCUGCUCUUGGAUCGAAUUGCCGGCGGCGAGUUGGAAAUUGCGCCGUCAGCACGGACACAUGCUGGAACUAAUGACGCGAUGUCAGAUGGAAGUAGACGUCGCAUGGGAUGCCUUCAUCGCUCAUGCACCGGAAGGGGAAUGGUCGAAGGUAGCCCCGUUUAGGAUCCUCAGUUUCGAUAUCGAGUGCGCUGGACGCGAAGGGAUCUUCCCGGAAGCGAAGUAUGACCCGGUGAUACAAAUCGCCAACAUGGUCAUACGGCAGGGCGAGCCUGAGCCGUUCCUGAGAAAUAUCUUCACUCUCGACACUUGUGCGCCGAUCGUUGGUUGCCAGGUGUUGAGCUUCGAAAGGGAGAACUUGAUGUUGGAGAAAUGGGCGGACUUCGUGCGACAGUUGGAUCCCGACAUUUUCACGGGCUACAACAUAAAUAACUUCGACUUUCCGUACCUGAUCAACCGCGCGCAGCAUCUCAACGUCAAGAACUUCAACUUCCUUGGCCGAAUAAAGAACGUGAAGUCGGUCAUCAAGGACCACGUGCUGCAGAAUAAACAGUUGGGUCGUCGCGAGAACAAGUCGAUCAAUUUUGAAGGGAGAGUCCCGUUCGAUUUGUUGUUGGUACUGGUUCGAGAUUACAAACUAAGGUCUUACACGCUGAACGCGGUGUCGUAUCACUUCCUUCAAGAGCAGAAGGAAGACGUCCACCACAAGGACAUAACGGGAUUGCAGAACGGAAACGCGCAGACGCGUCGACGGCUCGCCGUGUACUGCUUGAAGGAUGCGUACCUGCCGCUUAGACUACUCGACAAGCUGAUGUGUAUUAUUAUCUACAUGGAAAUGGCGAGAGUCACAGGAGUCUCCCUGUCCAGCCUGUUAACCCGCGGACAACAGAUCAAAGUUAUUUCUCAGCUGUUGCGUAAGACUCGAGAGAAAGAUUACUUGAUACCAGUGCACCAGGGCCACGGCACGGACGAGCAGUUCGAAGGAGCGACCGUCAUCGAGCCGAAACGUGGCUAUUACAAUCACCCAAUAGCUACUUUGGACUUUAGCUCUCUGUAUCCGAGCAUCAUCAUGGCGCACAACUUGUGCUACACCACUCUGUUGACCGUCGCCGCGAAGAGGCAGCUCAGUGUUCAGGAGGAGCACAUCACCACGACGCCCAGCAAUUCGCUGUUCAUCAAAAGUUCCAUGCGGAAGGGGAUCCUGCCUGAGAUUCUGGAGAAUUUGUUGGCCGCGAGGAAGAGAGUUAAGGCGGAGCUGAAGGAGGAGACGGAUCCGCUGAAGCAGAAGGUGCUCGAUGGCAGGCAAUUCGCCUUGAAGGUAUCGGCGAACUCGGUGUACGGUUUUACAGGCGCGCAGAUGGGCAAGCUACCGUGCCUGGAAAUAUCCGCUAGCGUUACCGCCUACGGGCGCACCAUGAUAGAAAAAACGAAGCAGGAGGUGGAGGAUCACUUCCGAAUAGAGAACGGCUACAAGAACGACGCGAUGGUCAUCUACGGCGACACCGACUCCGUGAUGGUGAAGUUCGGCGCGAAGAGCAUCGAGGAGGCGAUGGAGCUCGGCAAGGAGGCGGCCGAGUACGUGACGUCCAAGUUCAUCAAACCGAUAAAACUGGAGUUCGAGAAGGUGUACUUCCCGUAUCUCUUGAUCAACAAGAAGCGCUACGCCGGUCUGUACUUCACCAGGCCCGACAAGUACGACAAGAUGGACUGCAAGGGCCUCGAGACGGUGCGCCGGGACAACUGUCCACUGGUCGCGAACAUGAUGAAUACCUGCUUGCAGAUAUUGCUUAUCGAGAGGAAUCCGCACGCCGCCCUGGACUACGCCAAGCAGGUCAUCAGCGACCUCUUGUGCAAUCGUAUCGAUCUCUCCCAAUUGGUCAUCACGAAAGAACUGACGAAGACCGAUUACGCGGCGAAGCAGGCGCACGUCGAGCUGGCGGCGAAGAUGAAGAAACGGGACCCCGGGAACGCGCCGAAAUUGGGCGACCGAGUGGCGUACGUGUUCAUAAGCGCGGCUAAGGGCGCGCCGGCGUACCAGAAAGCGGAGGAUCCGGUUUACGCGCUGCAGAAUAGCAUCCCGAUAGAUACGAAUUACUACCUGGAGAAUCAACUGGCGAAACCUCUGGUGCGCAUUUUCGAGCCUAUCCUCGGCGAGAAGGCGGAAUCGCUUCUCCUAAAGGGCGAUCACACGCGCACGAGGUGCAUCGCCACCUCGCAGGUCGGAGCGCUCGCGGCAUUCACGCGCAAGAGGGAGACCUGCCUGGGCUGCAAAGCGGUUUUACCAUCGGACCGAGAGGACAAAGCGGUGUGCAAGCACUGCGAGUCUCAGGAAGCCGAGCUGUUUCACAAUGAGUUGCUGGCGCAACACAAACUCGAGGAGAAGUUCUCCAGGCUGUGGACCGAGUGCCAGAGAUGCCAAGGAAGUCUCCAUCAGGAGGUCAUAUGCUCCAACCGUGACUGCCCGAUAUUCUACAUGAGAGUGAAAUCUCGAAUGGAAAUGGCUACAAAAGUCAAACGGAUUCAAAGAUUCGGCAUUCCGCAGUGGUAACGAAGAAAGCGAUGGCGACACACGUGUGAGCGCGUUUGACAACCAGUCCAUCGCUUGGUCGAGCCCCUCGCCCUUCGUCGCGGAAGUCUUGAAUAUCUGGAAGGUUCUGUUUUUCAGGGCGUCUAAUCCGAGAGCCUGGUGGACUUCCGCGACGCUCAGGCACC